AUGCUGCAACAAAUCCUCCACAACAUGUACGUCGAUCCAGAGAUCCUGGCCGAACUCGACGACAACCAGAAACAAACCCUGUUCUGCAAAAUGCGAGAAGAGCAAGUGAGACGGUGGACAGCAUGGAACGACAAGUCCCCAAACGAAUCCACCGCUCACAAACCACGGAGUUCCUCCAAGCAGGUGUCUUUCCUCAAAGGCCAAGACGGAGAACCUUGGGUGUGGGUGAUGGGAGAACACGAAAACGACCAGAGCAUAGAAGAUAUCUUGAGGAUGGAGGCGGCAGAAGAGGCUAGGAAACUCGCUGAGAAAGAGACUGCCAAGAUGAGGGAGGAAGUCAGGAUGAACGCCCAGCUCAUCUCGGACUACGUCGACCUCAGCCCCAAGAUCGAAGAGCUGCCCCUUCCAGCGCUAAGGAUAGAAGACGACAUGGACAUCUACUGUUCAGUGGAGGAAAUCCAAGCCAAGAUUCAUCACCAAUCCAAACCUAGGAUCAUUGAUAAUUACACUCUGAAUCACUAUCCCACGAGGAGCAAAUUCAGCUUCAGUGAUAAAGGUAAUCAACAGGAGAAGAACAAUACUCAGAACGUGGCGCAAAGGGUGGCGUUGUGGGAGAAAAAGUUCUUGAAUGAUAAGACCUGCGAGAUCUUUCAGAAAAUUCAGAGGAAGCAGCAGCAGGUGGCUCAGGAAGCUGAGGAGGAAGAGAAGAGGAAGGAGAAGUUCUGGAAGGAACAAGAGAGAAAAGCCAAGGAAGCUGAGCAGCAAAUCAGAGAAAUCGCACGAAGGGCCCGAGAAGAACACAAAUUGAAUUCCUCCUCCUCCCCCUGCCGAAUGGAUACCUCUUGUAAUACCUCUUUAAUUGGUGGAGCACCUCCCGGAAGAAAUGCCGUACUGGAAUGGUACAGAAAUGAGGAGAAAUCUCGAUUAGCUGGAUUAGAUUCAGAUAAGAAUGCACUACCAUGGUUUCACGGACUUAUCACGAGGCAAAAUGCUGAAAAACUCUUGCUGGACCAAUCCUGCGGCUCCUUUUUGGUGAGACUGUCGGAAAAGAUAUGGGGCUACGCCAUAUCCUACAGGGCGAAGGAAAAAUGCAAGCACUACUUAGUCAGCGCGGUGCCCAAGUAUAGUUUUAUAGGAAAUAACCAAAUCGAACACGAUACCUUAGGAGAAAUGAUUUCAUUCCAUCAGAAGCAACCAUUGACUGGUGGAGAAACUUUGGAGCAUCCUUGUCCUAGGUUCUUUUCAGAAGCAAUCGAUGAACUUCUGGAGUGCAGCAAAUAGUAUUCUUUUAUUAUUUUGACUAGAAUAACUGAGAAAAAAUUAAUUGGAUGAAAUUUCACUUGUGUUGAAUGUUAUUGUGUCCGUUUAGGUUCUCUUGAAUUUGCAGGUAAUGUUGAUAAAUUACUAUAUAUGAACGGUU